AUGAAACAUCCACAGAAACUAGCAGUCGAACUUGAUGAACAAUCAUUAACAUAUUGUGAAUUCUUGUAUUAUGUACAAGUAUUAUCUUUGCAUUUAAUUAAAAAAUAUCAUGUUGUUCCAGGUGAAAUUAUUUGUCAAUGUGUUGAGCGAAGUCUGUCACUGGUGAUUGGUAUUAUGGCAAUUGAAAUGGCUGGUGGUGUUUAUUGUCCAUUAUCACCUCGAGAUCCACAACAUCGUUUGCAUGCACUCACACAACAAACUCAAAGCCGUCUUGUUCUUGUUCACCAUUUAACUAAGACUAAAUUCGGUCAUGAUAUUAUUUCACUUGGUAUUGAUACAAUAUUAAGUAUUAAUGAUAUAGAUAACAAAGAUCUUUCAAAUGCGGUCAUGAAAGGUGAAGAGAUAGCGUACAUUAUUUUUACUAGUGGUUCAACUGGAAUACCCAAAGCGGUUCAAGUUCGACAUAAGAACUUUAUUCAUUGUAUUGAUGCUUUGGCUUAUACUAACUCAUUCAAUGAAGAUGACACAGUUGUACAAAUGACACGAUGUUCAUUUGAUAUUCAUGUUCAAGAAAUACUUGGUACAUUGUUGGUAGGUGGCACGUUGAUUAUGCUUCAUCCAGGUGGAACUGUUGAUUUUGAUUAUUUAUCCGACAUCUUACUCAAUAAACAGAUCACAUAUCUACAUACUGUACCAAGUUUUCUACUCAGCUUUUUCGCUUUUGUUGAACAGAAUACGAUCAUACAUACCGUGAAACAUCUUCGAUCACUCUGUAGCAUUGGUGAAGCUUUUGCUAUUCCCUUAAUCGAAUUGAUUCUUAAAACUUGUACAUCGAACUGCAAUGUAUGGAAUUUAUACGGCCCUGCUGAAACAACUUUAGUCUCUACUUUCUACAGAGUACGUUUAGUAGAGGAUGCACAAAGUAUUCCAAUUGGCAGAUCCCUUCCUAAUUACCGGUGUAUGAUUAUGAAUGAAUAUUUACAAUCAUCUGUUAUUAGUCAAGAGGGUGAACUAUUUGUAGGUGGAGUAGGUGUGUUUGUCGGUUAUCUUGGACGUGAUGAUUUAACUGCAAAAGCGCUUAUUGAAAUAGAUGGUCAAUUAUUUUAUCGAACAGGUGAUCUUGUUAGAAUGAAUACCAAUGGUCUUCUUUAUUAUCUAGGAAGAAAAGAUUAUCAAAUCAAACUACAUGGACAACGAAUUGAACUUGGUGAAAUCGAACGAUGUUUACUUAACAUUUCAUCUAUUUCUACUUGUGUUGUUGUGAAAUGGAAUGAUGAUCAUCUAGUUGCUUAUGUGCAAUCUUCUUCUCAUAUCAAUGAAGAACAACUACGUCAACAUUGUCAAUCUCAUCUCCCACCACAUAUGAUUCCAUCUUUCUUUAUUAUAAUUGACAAGUUACCUUUGAAUCAAAAUGGAAAAGUAGAUCGAAAACUUCUUCCGACACCUCACUUCUCAUCUAUACAUCUCACCAACAGUGUAGAACAAUUACUACCAACGAAUGAUAUUGAAGUUACUAUUCAUCGUAUCUGGUGCGAUUUACUAAAACAAAACCAAAUCUCAACUGAUAUAAAUAUCUUUACUAUUGGUGGUCAUUCAUUACUCAUCAUGCAACUUUUUCAUCGAUACAAGAUCGAAUUUCAUUUAGAAACAAGCACUCUUUCUAUUUCGAAUCUAUUUCAACAUCCAACAAUUAUUCAUCAUGCUCAACUCAUUCAACAAGCUAUCAAUACCAUCCACACCCUGGAUGAUUAUCCUUGGUCUUCACUACAUCUCGUUCUAGCUAGAGCAUCAUUCGCACAAGAACGAAUCUAUUUAGAUGAACAAAUUCGCUUCUCAUUCAACAAAAUAACUAUGAAGAAUAUGUAUGUUAUUCCACUACUUUAUCGAAUAUCAUCUACAAAUGAUCAUAUAUCAGUUACUCGAUUACAACAUGCAUUUCAAAGUGUUAUCACAAAACACAAUAUUCUUCGAACAGCACUUUAUCUUGAUACAAAUAACAAUAUUAUACAACACUGUUUAGAUACCGAUAUCAUUAUCAAUGAUAAUAUGAGUGAAACUAUAGAAGACAUAUUAAAUCAAGCUGAUUUAUUUGAUUUAUCAAAAGGACGUGUUAUUCGUUGUCAUAUUCUUCGCCAUUGUCAUCCAUCUCAAGAUAAUAUCUUAUAUGAGAAUGAUAAUCUAUUGACUGACAAUGAUUACAUAUUGAUUAGUGUUCAUCAUGCAAUGUUUGAUGGAGCAUCAUCAUCAAUCUUUCUUCGUGAUCUUUCUCUUGCUUAUCAAUCUGAUGACUCUUUACCUGUGGAUGGUAACUCAUUGGAAUAUAUCGAUUAUUCUGUUCAUGAACAUAUCAUGGAUAUGUCAUUAUCUCGUGAAUUCUGGCAUUCUCAACUUCAAGGAUAUGAUAUCGAAUGUUCAUUAUCAUUACCAGUUGAUCGACAACGUUCGUCAACUAACCAACAACGAUCAGGUUUGGCAUCCAUAGCUGGAAUCAAUUUUGAUAAUGAAUUAUGCACAUCAUUUCUAAAUUAUGCAUCAUCACAUCAUCUCACACUUUUUCAACUUGGAUUAUCCAUAUUUUAUGUCUUCCUGUUCAAACUGACUCAUGGUGAGACUGAUUUAUGUAUUGGUUCUAUCAAUGCUAAUCGAUACCGAAAUGAAUUAGUUGAUAUGAUUGGAAUGUUUGUUUCCACAUUGCCAUAUCGUUUAGAAAUUGAUUCUCAUUGGUCAUUUGAUGAAGUAGUUAAAUAUGUUCGAGAAAAAUGUUUAUCAAUUCUCGAACAUUCUCAUUGUCCACUACAACAUAUUGUUGAUGACAAUCGAUCAAAUCAGUCGAAUGUAUCAUUUCUUGAGACAAUGUUUGAUUUUAUUACUGUGUCAAAAGAUAUGGGACAUUUAAGUUUGAAUAAUGCAAAUUUAGAACGAAUAUCAUUAGAACGAUCAGCUGAAGCAGCAAAAUUUGACUUCUCAUUAACAUUUGUAUACAACCCGUCAUCAGAUGAUAAUCAGAUGUCUUGUCGUUUUGUUUGUUCACGUGAUUUGUUUGAAAAAUUAACUAUUUCAAAAAUAGCUCAAAGAUUUCAAUAUAUGUUUGAACAACUGUUUCAAUCACAAUCAAGCAACAUUCCUUUGAUGAAUGUGAGUUCAUCAAUUACCAAACUAUCUCUUAUUCUUCCUGAAGAAGCUAAAGAAAUGGACUUAGUAGUGUUUUAUCGAUUGGAGAAUAUUAUGAAUGAAGCACCAGCAUCAUUUGCACAAGCUCGUAUUUGGCUUGACGAAAGAAUUCGAUUCGAUCCAGAGAAACCACAAGUAGCAAUCUAUAAUAUGCCUUUUGUUUAUCGUCUUCAACCAGGUUAUACUUUAUCCAUCACACAACUUCAUCAGGCUCUUCAUCUUACUGUCAACAAACAUCCUUCACUUCAUACAUCACUUCAUUUUGACACUCAAAAGAAUCUACUUAUGCAACGAGUUAUUACUCAUGAAGAUAAAAAUAAUAAUGAUAAUAUGUUUUCAACCAUCGAAACUACUUACGAAACAGAUGAACAACUCAUUGAGAUUUUACACAAUCAGAAACGUAAUCCUCAGAUUUUUGAUCUUGCUCAAGGUCUUGUCUUUCGAUGUCAUAUUAUUUACUACAAACAAAUCUCUUCAAAUGGUCUACUUUCUGAUCAGGAUAUGGUCAUUUUCAAUUUUCAUCAUGCUGUAUUUGAUUUUCCAUCAAUGAAAGUGUUUCUUCACGAUCUCAAUCAAGCAUAUACAACAGGUCAAUUAUUAUAUGAUGACACCACUAAUUUACGUUAUCUCGAUUAUGCUGUUAUCGAACAGCAAACGUCAAUGACUGGAACAAGUAUGUUUUGGCUUGAUGUUCUUCACGAUUGUAAACUCGAUCAGUCUUUACCGUUACCAUUUGAUCGAUAUCGUCUCUCAAAUGAACAUCGAACUGGCCGUGGAACAUCUAUUUCUUUUGAUUUUGGUCAAGAUCUCUCACAUGACUUUCUUAUUCAUGCAUCAUCAAAUCAUAUAUCCCUUGAACAACUUGCACUUGCUACUUAUUAUGUAUUUUUAUUUAAACUAACGAAUGGAGAAAAAGAUUUGUGCAUUGGAAUAAAUACACAUGGUCGAUAUAGAGAUGAACUUAACUCUAUCAUUGGAUUGUUUGAGAAUAUUAUUCCAUUACGAUGUCAACUAGAUCCUUAUUGCUCUUUUCAUUAUCUACUUGAACAGAUUCGAGAGAUAACAACAAAUAGUAUGAAAUAUUCUUAUUUUCCUCUCCAACGUAUUCUCAAUCAACAUCCAGAUAUUUCAAAACAUGCAUUUCUCGAUACAUCGUUUGAAUUCAUACCAUCUAUGAGAAGAGAUGGGGAGAAUGAAAUAAUGAUUGGUGAUAGUCGAUUUUCUUUAAUACCUUAUUCUAUUAAGAUUAGUGAAAAUGAAAUAAUGAGUAAAUUUGAUUUCAUUCUUAGUUUUCAACAUGAUAUGAAUUUAAAUGGAUUGUCAUGCACCAUUAAUGCUUCACUUGAUUUGUUCAGUCAUGGAACAGUUUGUACCAUUGCACAAAGAUUACAGACAAUGUUACGCCAACAAUUCACAUCUUUUAAUAGUGAAAACAACAAGCCUAUCUAUGAAUUAUCAUUAGCGUUAUCAAACGAGCAGUAUCUAAUGCUAUCAUUGAAUAAUACACAAAUAUCAUUUCCAUCUCCUCUUACUUGCAUCCAUUAUGAGUUUGUAUAUCA